UGGUGUCGCCUCCUCUCGAGGAGGCGGUGGCGUCUUCGGCUGUGCGUCGAGCCGGCCCCGCGGCCGCUCAUGAGCAGCCAGGGCCGCUCGGGUCCCCCCGGGAACCGCGGGCCCAGGGAAGGCGAGGGCGGGGAGGCGAGGAAACUGCAGGAGGCGAGGGUCGCGCGGGGAAAGCAAGGGAAAGGGAAAGGGAAGGGGAAAGCAGGUACCGGGCACGGCGGAAGAGGAAGCGGGGCGGAAGGAAAGCCGGGCCUGCAGCCGGAGAGGAAGGCAGCGGGGCCGGCGGCUGAGGCAGGCCGGGGACAGGAAGGCGAGGGAGGCGAGGAGGAAAGGCCGAGAAGCUCCGGGAAGCGGGAUGAGGGCAGCGCAGAGCCGGGGAAGGAGGAGCGGAGGGUCGGGGCCGGGCGGCGGGAGGACGACAGCCUGGAGAGAGGACAGGAGCAGGGACCUCAGGCGUGCGGCGGCAUCCCGGGAACCCGGACGGCCAUGGCGGAGGACGCGGCGGAGGAUGCCGCAGCGGCGGCCGUGGAGCCGGCCACCCGUCCGGCCGCGGGGCCCGCGCUCUGGCGCCUGCCGGAGGAGCUGCUGCUGCUCAUCUGCUCCUACCUCGACACGCGGGCCCUCGGCCGCCUGGCCCAAGUCUGCCGCUGGCUGCGGCGCUUCACCAGCUGCGACCUGCUCUGGCGCCCGAUAGCCCGGGCCUCGCUCAACACCGGCUUCACGCGGCUCGGCACCGACCUCAUGGCAGGCAUUCCAGUAAAGGAGCGCGUGAAACUGUCUCAGAACUGGCGGCUGGGGCGCUGCCGAGAUCGGAUUCUGCUGAAGUGGAGAUAUAGUCAGAUGCCUUGGAUGCAGCUACAGGAUGCUUCUCUGUACCUAUCACAGGCUAAUUUCAUCCUGGCCUACCAGUUCCGCCCGGAUGGUGCAAGCUUGAACCGACGGCCCUUCAGAGUCUUCUCUGGGCAUGAUGAGGACGUCUGUCACUUUGUGCUGGCCAACUCCCACAUCGUCAGUGCAGGAGGAGACGGGAAGAUCGGUGUUCACAAGAUCCACAGCACCUUCACUGUCAAGUACUCGGCUCACGAGCAGGAGGUGAACUGUGUGGACUGUAAAGGUGGCAUCAUUGUGAGUGGCUCCCGGGACAGGACAGCCAAGGUAUGGCCUCUGGCCUCGGGCCGGCUGGGGCAGUGCUUACACACCAUCCAGACCGAAGACCGAGUCUGGUCCAUUGCUAUCAGCCCAUUACUCAGGAAUGAGAAAGACACUGGACUUUCUCUGAUGAGAAGCUGCGGACUUUCUUUUUCUUGGAGCACUGACUUCACUGUGUGAGUCAAUACAUAUUUCUCCUUAUCUCACUAAGCAACUCAAAUCGUCCAUGACUUACCUGUCAAGUGGGAGAUAACUAAAUGUCACCUAUGCCUGUCCCAGGUAGCCUUGCCAGCAGGUGGACACCUUCAUGCCCUGGGGUUCUGCCCGAAGGGAGUGAGGGAGGUGCUGGGCAGACCCCUCUGCAGGUGGUGCCCGGCUCGGAUUGCAGGCUGGUGCUCAGCUCUUGCCUAGUGGUGAUUAAUCUGGGGCUCAGCCAGCAGAGGCUCAGGCAGGGCAGCUUUGGUCCCUCACUGUGAAGACCUUUGGCUUGGAGACACAACUGAUCUCUGUAGCUUGCUUCGGCUUGGGGUUUGAUCUGUCAAGGCUAAAGAGUAACCUGAUGGUGGAGCGGAAGUUUCUAGCCCUGCCUGACUUACGGCACUGACCCAUUCCAGUGGCCCUGUCAUGAUAAUGCUCAUAUAUUUAAGACGAUUUCUCCACCUGUUAGCUGUAACACUCAGAUCAGUCAAAAUAGGGAUCUUCAUGAAAGGUGCUGUUAGUUUCUUGAGCCAAUAGAGCUUACUUCCAUAAGUGGACUGAGGACUGGGAGUGGGUAAAAAACGGUACCAGUGAGGCUAUGGCUGGCUCAGGAGCAGACUAUGUUCGGGAAGGGUCAUAUUGAGGUGUCCUUCUGCAGUGAGGUGGCCCUCGGGCCGUUUCAGGCAGAUUUCACUUUAGUAUUUCACUUUAGACGUCUUGGCUUCUUUGUGCUCCAUUUCAUUUCACAUUUCUUUUUCUAAGGGGGCCUCUACUUGCCCUUGUCAUCACUGCUACCUUUGCUGAGUGCCAGUCCCUGUACCCUCCCGCUGGCUAUCCAUGGAGCCAGUCGUCUGCCGUGGAGCCCUUCUCUAAGGUCAGAAUAGGCUCCGUUUGGUUAUAAGCUUAGGGCCCAAGAGUAGGAAUUCUGCUGAUAUAAUAGUUUCCUGUGUUUGUGAAUCUCUUCUAUAUGUUGUCCUCUGACCUCCACGUUCGUGCUGUGGCAUACGUGUGCCAGCCAUGGCAUACACAGAAACACACACACACACACACACACACACACACACACACACACACACGUGCGCAUACACACACACAAGAUUAAAAUGUUUAAAAUAGCCACAGGGCCGAAGAUAUAGCUCAGUUGGUUUGGACCUGUGUUUGAUCUUCAGAACACGUGUUUGAAGAGGGGGCGGGGAGGGAGAGAGGGAGGCUAAGGAAAGGAAGAAGCAGAACUGGGUCUAAGUAGCUCAUUCUCGGAACACCAGCAGGGAGGAGGGGGAGCAGGCGGGCCACUUGGGCUGGCUAACUGGCAGCUAGUCUGGCCUAGUUGGUGAGCUUCAGGCUAUUGAGAGACCGUGUCGCAAACAAGAUGGUGGCUGAAGAAUGAACACUCAAGAGUUCAUAAUAAACCACAGUGAUGGUUUCUUUAAGGAGUCAGGGUCUUUCUAUUUGGUCCUGACUGUCCUGGAACUAGCUAUGUAGGCCUGGCUGCCUCAGACUCACACAGUCUCCAGCCUCUGCUGCCCAGGUGUUGGGUUAAAGGUGUGAACCACCACGCCCAGUUAGGUAUACUCACUUUAAAUGUACAGCUCCCUGGACUCUGUCCACAGUUUUAGAAUUGUGUAUCAUAUUUCAGUUUCAGAAAAUUGUUAUCCCCCUCCCCAAGAGCCUUUCUUUGUUCCUGGGACGUGUGUGUGUGUGUGUGUGUGUGUGUGUGUGUGUGUGUGUGUGUGUG